GACAUGUUGGAGAUGUUUCAGUGAUCGUGUGCGGUGGGUCUGACGCGUGAUUUUUCAUGCGUUUUUAGUGCGUGUUCGAUAUACAUAUAUAUAAGAGGUGUAUUUUGAUCGCGUCGCUACAUGUGAAGUGUCGGGUGAGCAAGCCUGCUUGUGCCUGGUUUACCCGGCCCAGCAAACAUGAGCUGGGGUACAGAGCUGUGGGACCAGUACGAGAAUCUAUCCCUGCACACGCAAAAAGGGAUAGAGUUCCUCGAGAGGUAUGGCCACUUCAUUCGCGACCGAUGCGCCAUCGAGGUGGAAUAUGCUGCCAAGCUCAGACGUCUCGUGAAGAGCUAUCAACCGAAGAAGAAGGAGGAGGAGGAUUAUCAAUACAGCCCAUGCAGAGCGUUCAAGAUGGAAUUGAACGAGGUGAACGAUCAGGCUGGACAGAGGGAGGUGAUCGCGGAGAAUCUGCAGGCGAACGUGUUGAGAGAAUUGAAUAUACUGGUGAAGGAUUUUAAAGAGGAUCGCAAGAAGCAUCUCCAAGAGGGUGCUAGACUAAUGGCGAACGUGACUGGUCAAAUUGGGAAUUUGGAGCGUGCCAGGAAGGCGUACGAGAAAGCCUUCCGUGAGGCGGAAAGAGCUGUGGAGAAUUAUCAGAGGGCAGACGCCGAUCUGCAUCUUUCAAGAGCGGAAGUGGAGAAGCAGAGGAUGAACAUGACUCUGAAGACUCAGCAGAGCGAGGAAGCGAAAACGGAGUACGCGAAUCAGUUGCAGAAAACAAACGAUAUGCAGACGCUGCACUAUCACACGGCCAUGCCAGAAGUGUUUCAACACCUUCAGGAACUUGACGAGAAGAGAAUAAAGAAUAUGCGAAACUACAUGCUGAAAUCCGUGGAAAUAGAACGAGCAGUAGCGCCGAUAAUCGCUCAAUGUUUAGACGGUAUCGAGAAGGCAGCGAACGAGAUCAACGAGAAGAAAGAUACAUUAUUGGUAAUCGAACGUUACAAAAGUGGCUUCCAGCCACCGGGAGAUUUCCCGUUCGAAGAUCUGUCUGUGGCUAAAACGUACGACAGCAAUAGUCAGCUGUCGCAGCCAGUGAUGCAGCCGAUACAUAAUCAUCAUCUGACAGCAAAGGGCACCGUGUCUGGUGGUAAAAUGAAGAAACGGGUCGGCCUGUUUGGCAUAUUCAGUAGCAAUAAGAAGUUGAUCGAGAUGGUCAUAGCUUUGAAGAAUAACGUGCCCGGAUAUGGCGACGGGGCAAAGGAGGAUUGCAGUGAUCUGCCACCGAAUCAACGAAAGAAGAGACUACAACAAGAGCAGAAUCCUGCUUUAGGGGAUCCAAUGAGCAUAGAAGGACAAUUGAAUCAAUCGAGCAACAAGCUGGAUAAACUUGGUGCGGAAUUGGCAAAGUUCCAAGGUUAUCUCGAAGAAGCGAUGCGAGCUGGCGUCAGCUUGUCCAGUCCCAGUCAAGCACCACGGAAACCUACAAGCAAUGGUUCCGCAACGAGACCGCUCAGUUCAAGAAGAUCUAGCCAUUCAGGAGGCGAGGAGAGUCUCUCGAGAUCAGCAUCUGAUUCCAGUGUGAGCAAUGCGAACGCGAACCAACCGAUGCACAAGAAGAGUGCUCCUGGUACGCCGCAGCCAACGCAUGGUUCCACGAAUAGCCCGGAAUCUGGUCUUGGGGAAUCGAGGACGUCUCUUCCUGGUAGCGGUGGAGAAGAAUAUUACGUCGAUGAAAUUGACGCUCAACCACCAUUGGGAACGUGUAGAGCUCUUUAUCCUUUCGAUGCAACUAGCGAAGGUUCCAUACCGAUGUAUGACGGUGAAGAGUUAUACAUGAUCGAGUUAGAUCAAGGGGAUGGCUGGACGCGUGUUCGUCGUAUAUCGCAACCAAUCGAGGGCUUUGUGCCUACAUCUUACAUAGAGUGUCACCUUUAUAACACUUAGCCACUUCUCUUAGGACGUUAAACAAUUAAGAAGUGGGAUUGUUUAAAGGGUUAUUCACGUUAUUAGUUCAAUAUGGUACAUUGAACGAUUCAAAAUAGCAAUUUCACGAGAUUCUUAUCAAUUUCGAGGGUUAUGUGUUGGUUGAUGAAUGGCACAGGAUUUCAGGAUAAUUCCCUGGUUGAAUCGUGGGCCUAAAAUGUCAGUGAACGAUAUAAUUAUAAUGGAGAAACGAAAAUUAUUAUGUGCCAAUGUUCUGAUUUCUGGGAGGGUCACGUUGCAACAAAGGCUCGGUCAAUUAUGUCCAACACACUUCCCUCUGUUUUCCCAUCAGCUUAUCGAACAAGAAAGAACAAAGAGAAAAAAAAGCUUUUUUUAUACUAGCUUCUUUUAUAAAACAGAGUGGUCGACCAGUUCAACACACUUAAUAACUAAAUAGAAUGUUAAGAUCGUACAAUUACUUAGAACGAUGUUACAUCCAACCAUUUAACGAGGUUUGAUCGUGUACGCAUUCAAUGAUGGUAUGCGCAAGGUACGGUACAUUUUUCUAAGAAAAAUGCAUCGAAGCACCCUGAUCACUUGAAUAAUGGCUCUGGAAAUGUGCCUCUGUAAUUCUAGACGUGCACAAGUGAGCAAUUUUGCAACUUCAUUGAUGAAAGUAAAUACCUGUCGUAUAUAUACAUAUAUAAUAUAAUAUAACAUGUGCUCCGCCUACACAUCACGGAUGAAAAUUGCGAUUGUUGUAACUGCACGAGUUUUUAUGUACUUUUUUUUUUAUCGAUUUGAUUGUAAAGAAGGCAACUC